AUGUUCACUUGGCUCAAAAGCUUCCUCACAGGCCAAACAUCCACAAACUGGCGACGCAAACGCGCAAACCGCGCAUACCACAAGCGAGUACGCGCACGCGAGCGCGAGCUCCGCCGGACGUGGAACCACGAGGAAGUUGCCAAUCGAUACUUUUAUUGGGCGCCGUAUAGUAGUGAGAGGCCGUCUAAAGACGCGAUUAAGGAGUUUCGGAGGAAGAAGGGGAGGUAG